UUUCAUAAUCCAAGCAAAAUGCUCCUAUAAAUACACACACAACACAAACCUAGUCUCAAACUAAAAAAACCCAAAUCAAGAAUGGUGGCUUCUUCAACAUCAAUGGUGUUGCUCGCCGCUUUAUUCGCGACGGCUGCCCUCUUAACGAGCGGCGCGUCUGCUCAGCUGAGCACCGGCUACUACAAAAAAACAUGCCCCAAAGUGUUUGACACCGUUGAAUCCGUCGUCAUGUCCGCCAUCGAUAAGGAGAAGCGCAUGGGCGCCUCACUCCUCCGUCUCCACUUCCACGAUUGCUUUGUUCAAGGUUGCGAUGGAUCAGUACUCCUAGACGACACAUCAUCGUCAAGAGGGGAGAAGACUGCGAAUCCCAACGUUAACUCAAUCCGGGGUUUCAAUGUUGUGGACGACAUCAAAUCUAAGGUCGAGUCUGUCUGCCCCGGCGUCGUCUCCUGCGCUGACAUCUUAGCCAUUGCGGCUCGUGAUUCCACCGUUAUUCUUGGCGGACCCACAUGGGACGUGAAACUAGGAAGGAGGGACUCGAAAACAGCGAGCCUUGCGGCUGCAAACAGCGGCGUCAUUCCACCACCAUCCUCCACCCUCAAUAACCUCAUCAAUAGGUUCCAAAACCUAGGACUCUCCACCAAGGACAUGGUCGUCUUAUCAGGGUCACACACGAUAGGGCAAGCGAGAUGCACGACGUUCAGAGGGCGCAUCUACAACGAGAGCAACAUCGACGGGUCAUUCGCCCGCACGAGGCAGGGAUCCUGUCCUCGAACAAGCGGCUCGGGAGACAACAAUCUCGCCCCUCUCGACCUCAAAUCUCCGACCUUCUUCGACGGAAGCUACUACAAGAACCUCCUUGACAAGAAGGGCCUCUUGCACUCUGACCAAGUCCUCUACAACGGCGGCUCCACCGACAACCUCGUCGAGGCCUACAGCAAGAACCCCAAAGCCUUCGCCAACGACUUCGCCGCAGCCAUGAUCAAGAUGGGCGAUAUUAGCCCACUCACAGGAUCCAGCGGCGAGAUUAGGAAAAACUGCAGGAAGGCCAACUGAUUGAAUCCCAACAAUAAAUCACUUUUGUGUGUGUCGAGUUUUUUUGUCUUUGUUUUUUACAUCAUAAGAAAUGGUUUUUUAACAAGGGAAUGCCGAUUUGGCGACUUUUUAUUGGUUUCGUUAUGUCGGGUUUGGUAGUUUGUCAAGUGUAUUAAUUACUUCAAUCAACUUUUUUUUGUGAUUUUGUUACUUA